AUGAGGCCCCUCCCUCCUAUCGCACCGGUCCCCAUCGAGGUCUGGAAGCUCAAAAUGCAAUGCCCCCCCACGAAGCCGUGUGACCACUUCAUAGUGGCCGCUAGGCCGCAAACAAAACUACGACUCAACCUCUACGUCCAACUUGUACAAGUCCCAAACUACGGCUUCCUGCCCCUCGCCGUCGAGGCGGAGGUAGACACCGAGUUCAGUGGCCCCACCUACCUGUGCGUCGCCGGCCCAAUCGUCGAAAUCUGCGAAAUGCGGGGAGGGCACGUCGCGAUCAGGGUGGAGAACCUUUUUAAGGUCCCCGACCUGGAGCAGGUCUUCCUCCUAGUCAUGCGGGAGAGUGAGAUUCCGGUGGACAAAGACAUUGGGAGGGCCCUGGCCAGCAGGCUCGACGCCCUUCUGUACAAGGCGAGCAACGGAGGACACAAGGUCCAUACUUUCAGCAGGCGCCGCUCGGACCAAAAGCUGUACGAAGACACCGAGCACGACAAGCUCAUCCCGGAGCUCUUGGACACGAAGUUCCCCAUGUUGUAG